AUGACUGCUGCUUCCGAACAGUCCGCAACAACUCUACCAUCUUCGCCACUCGCUGCAGAGCCCGGCCAAGGCAGUCGCCCAUCACCAACAAGUCAUAUUCGCAUCGCACGACCAUCUAGGUCACUUUCCGCCGCCGAGCGCUUUUGGAAAGAUGGACUAGGCUUGUCUGUGAUCUGGCGUUCAGAUUCGGCUGAACAUGUCGAAGGUGGUCACGAACUCCUCAUGCUGGGCUGGCCAGGUGCAUCGUGGCAUCUAGAGCUGGUUCAGGUACAUGAGGAAGACGAUGUGGACAUUCACCCUCGCCCCACGGAAGAGGAUCUUCUUGUGAUUUACCUCGAUGGACUGGUUGAUCCUGCCACGGUAGAUGCUUUGGUUGGUGCAGGAGGAAAGAGAGUAGAGGCGCCGAAUCCGUAUUGGAAUACUUGGGGGGUGACUGUUGAAGAUCCAGAUGGUUAUCGGCUAGUGCUAUGUAAAAGGCAGUGGAGUAAUUGA